AUGGUGUCAUUGUUGCAAAGCACACAUGUUGGCCCCGGCAGCAGCAGCAUUCUUCAAUUGACGCCAUCCGAACGCAACGGCCAUCAGCGAGCAUCGUCUGUCGCCAGCACUUCUUCCGCCGACAGCUCCACAAGUGCGAUUUCUGCCUCGUCUGCCUCGUCUUCCUCCUCGUCCUCGUCCUCGUCCUCGUCCUCCUCAUCUUCAUCAAGCUCUUCAUCUUCCUCUCCUUCUCACCCAGACCGGCGUUCGGAAUCGGUUCAAGACGUGACCGCUACGUCGGCCAGUGUCCGCACCAUCAUUGGUCCCAACGGCCUGCCCGUCUCCUCCAAGGAGCGCUGGGAUCCCAAGACUCACCGUCUUAUGUUUGAAAAGCUCAACGAGAUCAUUGGCAGCGAGACCAUCUAUUACACUCGCAAGUACACCGAGGAACGCUAUCGCAUUUUCCAGCUUCUGAUCGACAACUACGGCGACAUGGGGGUGAAGGGCAACUUCUUGCGUGGGAGAACGGCUGCAGCGUUGAUCUCACGCGUGGCAGGCGUGCUUCGUACCGCACGCGAACGCGGAGAAAAGAUCAAGCAACCGUUCAAGUUUUUCUUCCCCAACAAGAAGGAUGACGAUGUGGCACCGCGUUCUGCUACGGCACCGGUAAUGGCUUCGACUGCUACAGCUAGCAAUGGACGCAACAGAGCAGCUGCACACCCAAAUGGCGACGCCAGUCGGGCUCACACACUGCCGGCAAGAGGGCAGCCAGGUGCGAAGCGAGCGAGCAAGGCAGCCAGGGCGGCGGCAAGAAGAGAAGCACUAGCAGAAGCGUCGAGAUCGACACAGGCAUCGGCGACAGCAUCCGAGGUGCCAGCUGCAAGCACUGCGGUCGCCACUGCAGCGCAGGCAAAGGGCAACUCCAGAGGAAAGGGCAAGGGCAGCCAGGCUGCGCAGAGGACGGUCACUAGCAACUCGAACCCACCUGAAAUCCGAAAGAGGAACAUCACCGCUGCACCUACUUCCUCACCAGUCAACAGAGGCGCCAAAAGGCCGGCCAACGGCAACGGCAACGGCAAUGCGACCACCAGUAUCACCCUCCCACAGUCCAAGAAGCAAAAAGGUACCAACAAGCAGCCGAGACCACCGCCUACGGCCAUGGCACCCACACACCAGCGUCGAGACGCAUCUCCGAGCCGAUCGCAUGGCUCUUGGACAGCGCGUCGAUCGCCCCGGCGAGCAGCGCCGUCGAGUCGUUGUAGUCGUUCUGCUUCGCCUCGUGCAAGUAACGACGGUGGCGACGAUCAAGGGUACUCGCAUCGUUCGGACAGGUCCAGAGACAGAUCACCAAGACGAGGAGGGGAUUCUUGGAUACGCGCGCGCGAUGCAGAGCCACACAGCGGUCGUGACGACGACGAGCGACCUCCGUGGCGGUUGCCGAGAAAGCCGAGCUGGACGGAUUGGGGUGAUGAGCGUGAAGCCGUGGACCAUCGACCUGCUACCCCUUCGUUGUCGAGAGGCAACACAGAAGAAGGUCGAGAUACGACUCGACUUGGUAACGCGCUGUUCAGAGCUGAGACGGGAUCGCCGCUGCCCCCAGCAGAGCGUUCUGGCUCGGGCCCUCGCGGGUCGCGCCGAUGGGGACGCAGACCUUCGCCGCAAUCCUCCGCCGCAAGCUUGCAGAGCAGUCCGACGACGCGCAGAAAUGCCGUCGAGCGGGCGUUGGACCAUCUGCUAGCAGUGGGAGCGGACCCUUCGAGCCGACCAGAAAACGGUAGAGGCCAACAGCAACAGGCUCGACGAUGGGCCAGUCCCAACCGCCCCUGGCAUCGAAGUCAUCAAGAGAGCAGCGCCGAUGCAAGGCACGAUACCCCCGAUCUGCACCGAUCCGUCACCCGUCAGUUGCAUCACGAGCAGCAGCAGCAGCAGCACGAGCGCCCUAGCAGAACGGAGUGA